AUGGCCUACUCCGCCGAACUUCGCCUCGCCUUGCGCGCCGUACAUCGGGCGUCUCUGCUCACCAAAUCCGUUCUCCGCAGUCUUUCCAAUAACGUGUCUGCAGAGACAAAGGCAGACGACAGUCCCGUUACGAUCGCGGAUUUUGCCGCCCAAGCUCUCCUCAUCUCCGCUUUGCAUGCCGCCUACCCCACAGAUGCGUUUCUGGGCGAGGAGAGCGCUGACGCAUUGCGUCAAAACGAGGCACUUGGUGACCGUGUUUGGCAGCUUGUGCAACAGGCGAAGAACGAGGCUCAUGCAGGUGGCGCCGAGAGUGGUAAAGGAGACGGAAAAUCGGUGCAGGACGAGGAAUUAGCUUCCCCGAAGACUAAAGAAGAGAUGUUUGAGCUUAUCGAUCGGGGAGGUAAAGGAGAAAUCACCAGAAGAGGCCGAGUAUGGGUCAUGGACCCCGUAGAUGGCACAGCGACGUUCAUGCAGGGCCAACAGUACGCUGUUUGCCUUUGUUUGCUCGUUGAUGGCGUGCAACAAGUUGGGGUAAUUGCUUGCCCUAACCUCGCAUAUCCUAUCCAAGGAACUCUCGGCGAAACUUCAAUCCACGAAGACCGCGUUGACAAAGAUGGCUUCGGCGUCGUACUAUCCGCCGUCAAGGGACAAGGAACCUUUAUCCGUUCUAUGAACGCUUCUACCUCCGCCGGACUAGGAGAACCCCGACACGUAGAUUUGACCACUCUACCUCAAAAGAAGCCAUCAGAACUGAAUUUCGUCGAAGCAACACUAGGCAAGACAUCACUCUCCCAACCUGAACACAAUGCCGUCGCUACCUCGCUCGGUGCUCAAUGGCCAGGCACGAUUCUUUGGUCUCAGCAAAUGAAAUACGUAGCUCUUACCCUUGGUGCUACAGACGUCAUGGUGCGCAUCCCCAAGACCCUGGACCGCUUUACUUAUAUUUGGGACCACGCGGGCGGCCACCUCCUUUUCCAAGAAGCGGGCGGAGUUAUUAGUGACUUUAAAGGCGAACAAAUCGACUUUGCAAACGGACGAAAGAUCACAGGACAGAGGAACUGGGGUAUGAUCGCUUGUAUGCCUGGGCUAUUUGAGGAGGUCGGGAAGGCGGUAAAGGAGGUGCUGAAGAAGAGGGAUGGUUAA